AUGUCUCUUUCUACGACACGCUCGGACGAUCCGUACUUUACAGCUCCAGAGGGAAGUAUUGGCAUCCAUAGCGUACCCCCGUUGGACCCCACUCUAUACCGCCCCACACCUCAAGCGCAUGCGUUCUUGAAGGAGCAGCUGGGGUUGAAAGCUGAUAAAGCCUUGAAACAGCAUAUUAUGGAGGUUCAGAAAAAGGCUUACAGCAUUGCGCCUUACCCCUGCAUCCGGACCUUUACAUUCACUGAGAUCGGUAUAACUGCCUAUCCAGCGUAUAAGGAGCUGUUGAAGAUCGGUCGUGAGCGGAAGAAUGUUGUCUUUCUCGAGAUGGGAAGCUGCUUCGGUCAGGAGGCAAGGAAAGCGGUUGCAGAUGGUUUUCCUGCCACACAGGUGGUUCUUUCUGACAUUAAGGGAGAGCUCAUGGAAAUGGGACACGAAUUAUUCAAGACCAGCGCAGCCACGUUCCCAGCUCAUAUUGUCCCGGGUGAUGCGCUCGACCCGAAAAUCCUCGAAGCCAAUCCCCCUGUCUACGAGGUUCCUGACACGCCCUACCCCGACCUCAAUGCGCUCGUCUCUUUGAAUCCUCUGAGGGGCCGCGUAUCGGUCAUCUACGCUUCAAAGUUCUUCCACGUGUUCGACGAGGCGAAACAGACGCAGGUUGCCCGUGCUUUAGGUGGCUUGUUGUCUCCCGAGCCAGGCUCCGUGAUCUUUGGUGCACAUGUAGGCGCCGAGGAAAAGGGAUUGAGGGCGUUCACUUCGCUGAAUACCACCGUAGACAUGUUUUGCCAUUCCCCGGAGAGUUGGACUGAGCUGUGGGACGGGAACGUGUUUAAGAAGGGUACAGUCAGGGUUGACGCUCGGAUGAAAUCGUUCGAGACGUCAGAUGGCUCCGUGGAGGGUUUGGACUGGGCCGUUACGAGGCUUUGA